GUUUUACAGUACAAUUUUCUUCUAGCGAAUGGUGGUGAGUCCAACCUUUGACAAAUAUGCCCCAUAGAGAGUGGUAUAAAGAAGGAUUAAGGCCAGAGAAAACAACUGAUUUCUUGCCACUUGAAAUAGCUUGCCACUGACUUGCGCGAGAGACGGCAAAUGAUCAUUCAGGUUAUGCUGUAUAGUAUACCAAGAUGAACAAAAUGAGGUAAUAACAGAAAAUGGGGCACAAAGCACACAAAACUUAUAGACAAAGCAGACAGCAGAGGAUGCUCAAUAGCAGCUAAACCAUAGGACAAGCUUUGGAUGUUUCCACUUUUCAGUAAGUUAAAUAAUAUCUAGCUGCCUCUGCAAUAAGAUUCAUCUAUGAAUGUGAGUUUUUUGUGGCCAUUUCAUUGCUUGUAUUUACUCGUUGUACAUUGAUAUACGGCAUAACAAACACUUCUAGAGAGUUUGCAGUCAGAUUUGAAUUGGUUUGUCAAUAGGGAAAAUUCAGGGGGAGGAUAAAAGAAGAGGAUGGUAUUUUGGCUGGGUUUGGGGGAGGUAAGAAAGAUCUGGGGAGGGAGCAAGCUCUAUUAAUAUUGGGCUCUUUUGCAGCUGAAUGAAUUUCUCUCUACAUAUUAGAUACUCUAUGUGCCCUGUUAUGUUUCUCACCAGUUUAUUCUGUAACAGCAUCUACAACACUACACUAUGUCAUCUUCACAAAGGCUUGUUUUGGUUCUUGGAGGAGCUGGCACUGUGGGUUCAGGGAUUGUGAAAUGUCUUUUGCAGAAAGGCUUUCGAGUGGCUGUUAUUUCAAGGGAUACAUCAAGACUAGAUAUGAUGAAGAGUUUUGUACCAGUUUCUUGCAAAGAGAAUCUCUAUACUUUGCUUGGAGAUGUGGGUUCUGAGGAAGGGGCACAAAAGGCAGCAGCAACUUUGCUCAGUCAAGUAGGAAAGGUAACAGAUGUGGUGUCCUCACUCGGGUUUAGCUGGUGGCAGGGGGGCCCUCCACACAUGCAGUCAUUGCAGGAGCUGCAAAAGGUGCUGGAGACCCUCCUGCUCAGUACAUUCACUGCCUGGAAAGCUUUCUUCCCUUUAGUGAAGGAUGAUCCAGAUGCCACCUAUACCUUCAUUACAGGGGGGGCUGGAGAACGCCUGCUUAUGCCAGGAACAGGAUUCCUAACUUUGGGUGCAGCAGGAGCCCUGGCCUUUUCCCAGGUUGUCCGUGAGGAAUAUCCAGAAGUUCCAUGUAAACUUAAUGAGAUAAAGAUCAACAUGGGAGUAGCCAAACCUGAACGCCUGGGCCCUGGAUAUGUCAGUCAUCUGGAGGUUGGAGAAGCCAUAGCAACGGUAGUAGAGAAAAAGCGAGUGUCGCAUACUGUAUUAUGCGUCAAGUCUACCACAGACCUCAAGACCCUCAUCUUGGAAGGGAAGCUGUAGGAUGUGGGACAGAUUUAACAUUGGUAAAAAUCACCCUGGCCAAUACAUCAUACAUCCUUCUAUGAACUGCACAAAAUGACCCCAGCAUAUACUGUACAAAUCAGGCUAAAUGCCAGGACCCAUUAAAUUUAGAAUAUUUAACAGAUAUUAUACCUACCUCCUCUAUAACAAAAUGGGUACUUAAAGGACUUAAAAAACACAGGACUGUACUACUGUAUCUCUAGUUACAGCAACUGCCUAUUAUCCAAUCUUGUAUUUCCUAAGAACACGUAGACUUUACACAGGCACAGACCUACGGAUAUGUACAGUAUUAGACUGUGGAUAGCAUGGAAAACUAGUCAGUUAUGGAAACUGAGCAGUAGGCAAAUAUAUGUUAAACAGUUUACUCCUGAUUUCUAUAACUCCUUUUGGUAAACCAUGUUGCUUAUUAUUGAUGUUCUUGUGUGUGUGUGUGUGGGUGAAAGUUGUUCUUUUAUAAUAAUCCCCUAGUACUAUACACACCAUAACUUUUUACAGUCACACUUAGUAGCAAAUUACAGAUUUAUAGAUGAUUCAUAAGAUAUUUAUAAUGUGCAUGUUUGUGAUAUCUCUGAACUAAACAGAGUUUAUGUAUGACAUGAUCCCUUGUCUUUAGCCUAAAAGCUUAAUGAUAAUUAGCUAUCCCUUUUUAUUGCAUUAAUCCAUCCACAUGCUCUGACUUCUCCAACAGGCGCUUAUUUUUGUAUCCUUUUUCUCUGGAAGUUCAGCAGUACAUAAUACAGGUAUGGGAUCUGUGAUCUGGAAACCUGUUAUCCAGAAAGCUCUGAAUUAUGGAAUGGCCAUCUCCCAUAGCCUCCAUUUUAUAUCAAUCC